AUGGAUGAUGAACUUUUGCGGCCUAUAAAUCAACAUAAUAUUACUACAAUAAAACAAACUGUAAUGGCUAUAAGUUCAUCAUCUAAUCCUAUAAUUUAUAAUAAUCCAAGUCUUUCAACAGCAUUAUAUGUAAAGGACCCACACUUGUCUGAAACUGAGCAAGAUUGUGAAAUAGAAGAAGAAACUGACAACAUGUGA